AUUUUGACAGUUAUUGAUUCAUGUUAUCAACACGUGCCGAUGUUAGGUUUAGUUUUUAAAAAUUAACAAUGGCCAUGCUUGCGGGUCCCCGCCGCAAACAAAAAGUUAUAAAUCUUCGUGCUAAAAAUAAUGAGUGGAGUAAUGAUACCAAUAAAUUCGGUCAGCGUAUGUUGGAGAAAAUGGGUUGGACUUCUGGAAAAGGCUUAGGUGCAAAUGAAAAUGGAAUUGUUGAGCAUGUUGUGGCUCGAUAUAAAAAUGAUGAAAAGGGACUAGGAUUUGAAGACAGAAAUGAUCAAUGGACCAAACAUGAGGACGAUUUUAACUCAUUACUUGCGAAUUUAUCUAAUGCGAAUGAUGAUGGCCCUAAACUGCACAGUGGAGUUUCUCUUGAAGAUAAAUCAAAAAAGAGUAAAGCAAGAAUACAUUAUCACAAAUUUACUCGGGGAAAAGAUUUGUCUCGAUACAGCGAGAAAGAUUUAGCUAAUAUCUUUGGUAAGAAAAGUUUUAAACAAGAAGAUGUAACUGAAACUUCUGUUGUGGAGGAAUCAACACCAACAGAGCAAGUGUUUACAGAAAAAGGAAGUAUGGAGGAUUAUUUUAAAAAUAAAAUGGCUGCUAUAAAGUCAAAGAAUAAAACAUCAUUAACAAAGCAUGUUGAGCCAGAAUUAGACUGGGAGGAUGAACCGAGGUGUGGUUUUCAAGGUUUUCUAGGAACUAUAAAUCAGGAAGUUAUCUCUGAAAAUAAAAACUCAACUGGUCAUGGAGACUUAGUAAACGGGCUAGAAAAUGGUGAAGAUGUGGUAAAUCUGGAUAAUCAACCUAAAACCAAGAAAAAGAAAAAAAAGAAGUCUAAAGAUCUUGAUAAUGAAUUGUGUGACAAGAUUGAAGAUGAACCACAAGUUGAAAUAUUGAAGAAAAAACAGAAAGGGAAUGCUGAAAACUCUCCUCAAGAAUCUGAUGAUGAGACACAAAAAGAGUGCAAAAAACGAAAACGAGAUAAAGCUCCUAUAGAAGAAAAUGAUGUAGAUGUAAGUGUAAAUAAGCCUAAGAAAAAGAAAAAGAGAAAAAAUAAAGACCUUUGAAUAUAUGCACUUUUUU